AUGACCUCGCCCGCGUCGCCCAUAUCGCCCAUAUCGCCCGCGUCGCCCACAUCACCCGUGUCGCCCCGGCUUACCUGCAUCGCCCAUCUCGCCCAUCUCAUCGCGCCGCCCACCUCGUUCCCGCAUUGCCCACCUCUCCACCUCACCCUGUCUCGCCCCCGCAUCCGCAUCAGCGUCGCCCGCCUAGCCCAUCUCGUCCGCGUCAUUCUCGCUGCGCCCUCCUCGCGCCGUCACCCAGCCUCCCGCUCCCCGCUCGCGCCUCCAGCCUCUCCGCCCUCCAGUUCGGUGGCGCGCUCUGCCUCCUCGUCGCCCUCCCGGUGCUCAGCGACCUCCGCGCCCUCCUCCGGUGGAUCCGCGUCGCCCGCCGCCACGCUCGCGCUCCGCGACAAGGCCGCGCGCUGCCGCCUCGAGCGCUACUACCGCGAGGCCUACUACGACCGUGAGCACCCCCGCGCGCUCCAAGGGCUGCGCGCGCACCGUCGCGAGCACCGUGAUCACGACAGCCCCCGUCUCUGCGAACCCGAGCGCAAGCGCGAGCACGAGCACGAGCACGCCGCACAGCGGGACCGUGCGGACGCCCGCGCGAAACCCCAGCACGCGAUCGCACCCGACGGCGCGGGUGACGGCGUCGAGCGCAUCUACACGCCCGGCACACUCUGCACGUUUGCCGUGGGACUCGCCGUGAGGUGCGCACCAUGA